UUCCGAGCGGUCCCUGAACUCCCCAGCAGUAGUUGAGUGGAGGGAUGGAGCUGCGGAGCGACGCUGGUGUUGUUUUUCUCCUCCACACAUUCAUCACAUGAGCCAGCAGCCGUUAACGACGUGAGCUGCACGGAAACCUUCUGCACGGGAACACCACCCUGAAUGGACUACCACAGCACCGAGACAACAACACCAGCACACCUCUUUAUUCAUUCCACUGAAGGAAAAGAAGAACAACAUCAGCAGCAGCUGUCUCCACGUUUACCAGUGAGGAAGGGGAAAGCGCGUGGGGAUGCUUCGCGCGGGUCUAGUGAGAGAAACGCGCGCGCCUAAUGAUCAGUAUUUAGACAAGUAGCUAAUUAACUAGUUAAUUACAUAAGUGGUGUUUUUAAACCGCCAGUGUGGUUGCAGCGUGUCUGCUAUAGCGGGCUAUUAUUAGAACAACGGAGGAGCCAGAGGAGGACACGGUUAGUGUUAUUAUUCACUAGGACUUUUCUUUUUCAUUUUUUCAUCAACGCACCUUUGGAUUUCUGUUGUUAUCACAAAGCAAGUGUGGAGCCGAGGACGAGGUCCAGACAAUUCAAGACAGCAUCCUAUUUGGACUUGGAACAACAUUUUUGGCACAAGUGCACACAUACCUUUGUUGACGCCCAUUCAAUGAGGCUACACUGAGAGACCUGAAUCAGAGAGAGAGAUGACCCUAGUUUUGUCCAUGAAUCCUUUCUUGGACCCAGAGGGAGACCCUCCGCUCUCCACAUACCAGCCCAUAUGGGAAUCGGAGCGUUGCACUAAGACCUGCCUGUCCAACCCUGCCCCACCAUGCAGCUCUGAAGAGCAAUUUACACAAGAACCCCCCUGCAGGCGAGUUCCUGACCAUGUUUCAGUAUCAAGGAUCGCAUACUUCAAGAGAAAGUUUGUCGAUGAUGAUGAUGAGCCUCGAUUCAGCUUCAGGACGUACUGCCAGACUGUUGCACCGGUGUUGGAGGAGCGUGCCCAUGUGCUGCGCCUCUCCCUGGAGAAGAUGCGGUUCAUCGACGACCCCGAGGCCUUCCUCCGACGCUCCGUCCUCGUUAACAACCUCCUUCGGCGCCUGCGAGCUGAGAUUCUGCUCCAGAGCACCGACUGGUGCUUCCCACCCAACCCAGCAUUUACCACCGGCCCCUGCGUCCCGGCAACCAGCGCUAACCCCGCUCACCAGGCACUCCACGGAGCAGUACCCACCCGGAUCUGCAUAGCACCCCAAGCCGGACCGCCCUUCCGUAAGCGCUUCCGAAUGGUCCGCGGAGGACAGGGGGAUCUACGCCCUGACUGUGCUCAGACAUGCUGCUGCAUCUACGCGGCGGCGGCCGCUGCAGGACACUACCUCCACCUCCCGUUCUCCAUGUAUGACGCAGCACUCUCGACCUGCCCGUCCACACCACACUCUCCCUCUUUCUUUCAGCUAGCCAGCCAUAGUAAGUUAGGGCUCACAGUGGCCAUAGAAGAGCAUGAUGAUGAGGAUGAAGAUGUUGAAGAGGAGGAGGAAAAUGAAGAGGAAGAAGAAGAGAGGGAAGAGGAGGAGGAGGAGGAGGAGGAGGAAGAAGAAGAUGAUAGAAAGGAAGCUGGGCCUUCCGUUGAUGUUGUUAAGGACAAGUCGAGCAAGAAAAGUAGGACUAGGACCCUGCUGGGUCACACAAGGACAGAGGAGGACAGCUGCAUGACAGAUAGGGUAGAAGAGGAGGAGGAGGAGGGAGAGCAAGAGGAGGAAGAAGAGGAGGAGGAGGAGGAGGAGGAGGAAGAGGGGCAGGUUGUGAGACCUUGUAAGUGUGACUCUACUGGCACAGAAAGGGAAGUCCACAAGGUCAGCUUUUGGCACCGCAGGGCUCAUAGACAAUGAUUGUGCUUUCUGAGAUAUAACUUACAUUAUAAGUCUGUUAGAAUGAAAAUGUAAUGAUGACGUCAACUGUCAUCAGUUGAAGAUUAUUUCUCCUCCUAGCAGAUGAAGGUGUGAGCUACCUACACUAUAGUAAUGCCAAGUCAGCUUUAUUUUAAUGGUUCAAUAUACUCCAGGAUCGCACACAGACAAACUCCGUUUCAACUCUAGUGUUAUGGUCAAAUGAAAAAAGACAGUUCUUGGCCACUUUUGGCACAUUUUCUCAAACAAUUAUGUAGACUAAGGUCACAUACGGUGGGAUCAUAAAUCCCCAAAGUGAAGUGAAGGGUCUCCAAGACCGUUUUCAAGCCCCACAGCACAAAACUAAAAGGUCUCAAGUGGGGCUUUAUAUUGGUGCACCGGUCUCGUUUCAGGACCCUAAACAAGCCUAUGAAAUGAAGGGGUUGUGGAUUUUGGGGAAUGUGUGCUUCUGUGCGUGUAUGUGCGUGUGUUUGCAAGAUAUGAUGUAGCAUUUUUAAAACUUGAUUUUAAGCAGUUUUUUUUUUUUUUAUUAAACAUGGGUCACGCAUAAUUAUGUGUGCCUGUUGAUUUCCGACGCUGUCUCAGGCAAUGGCGAGCGACUGUGCUGCAGUGGCGGCACCAUGUGUGUGUGUGUGUGUGUGUGUGUGUGUGUUCUUGAAAUUAUUUUAAGAGACAACAAUCAUAAACAUUGGAAAUGUUAAAUCACAAGUUCAAGUGCCUUAGUGUUUUUAUAGAUACAUGCAUAUUGUGUGUUCAUGUAAUUGUUCUUGUUACUAAGUAUCUUGCAUUCCAAGCGACUGCGUUUGACUAAAACAGGACACGGGCAUGUAGUUAAAUGCAGGGAUUCUUUCAGAUGUCUAUGAAAGUUCAAAGCAAAACUAAAUUUCCACACCCAACAUGUGUUCUGUUCGUUUUACUUCAAAAAUGCAUGUUUUCUAGCACUGCCUGUCUUGACAAUGCACAAACUUACAGCCAGCUUUCAAGGACAAAGUCUUGAAAAGCUAAUUGUGUUCAAACCCUCUUUUACAUUAGUUAGAUUUAAUCAGAAAAGGCUUGUUGUGGUUUGGUUGGUCUGUCCAUUGAUGAGGUUUUUACCAAAAAGAGAAUUGAAGUCUGUCUGCAGCAUUAUAAAAUCAAAUCAAAACGUUCACCUUCAUCACAGAUCUACAUACACAACAGGACAAGUCAAACUGAUAAAUGUCAUUCAGUUGGUUCUUCAGUCAGCUCUAUUUGGACAUUAAAGGAAUAGUUCGACAUUUAUGCCAAUAUACUUAAAAAUAUAUGCUUUUUUGCCGAGAGUUAGAUGAGACGAUCAAUACCAAAGUUAACAAAACCUGUUUUCCAUCAUCCCUAAAGCGCACUAAUUAACACGGUGUUUCUCGGGUGUGAUGUCUCCACUGGUUACUCGAUUGUAGUUGAGGAAUAGUCCGUCGCGUAACCCUCCGUAAAGCCACAAUGUGUUAUUUUGACACUUUGGGUGUUGUACAAAACAAGACAAAAUGUGUUAAUUAGUAAGCUUUAGAAGUGUUGAUAGGCUGAUUUUCUUACCUUUGGAUAGAGUCAGACUGGCUGUUUCUACUUGUUUUCCAGUCCAAGUCCAAGCUAAAGAAACUGGUUGCUGUCUGUAGCUUCAUAUUUACUUUACAGACGAGGGAUUUCAUGAGAACCGAUACUUAGCUACCAAGUUGAUGCCAAAAUUCUGAAAAUGUGACGGUACUUGUUUUUCUACAGUACUGCAGGUACCGUAGGUACCAUCAGGGCUUGAGACUAACGUCGUCCUGGUGACGAAAGAAAAUGUGUUUUAGGACAUAUUAAAUCACUAUUGGAGCGUCCAUCGGACACACCCUUUUUUUCCCCUGAUAAUGCCACAUUGUUAACAACAAAUCCGUGUUGAAAUUGGCAGGACGAGAGCAAGUUAAUGUUAGCUGUUAGCAGCUGGUUAACAGAACAAUCCUGCUUGGAGCUAACAGCUAUGUUAACGGGAGGUGCCAUUGAUUUACAUUGCGUAAAGCUAAAUUCUAACGUUAUCACGAUGUGUUCUCAUGUAAUCUUGUCAAAUUUAGUUUUUGGUAGAGAAACUUUAAUAAAUACAGUUGUUUGAAGAUGUUUCCACGGCAAUAUAUAAUAGGUAAUAGAGAGAGAAUUCUGACCUGUUUAACUUCCUAACAAAAAACAGUAUACAAACAGUAAUAAAGCAGUGGAUGUUGAAUACAUGGGAUUUAAUGUUUUACAUUUGCUUUCUACCUUUGGUAUCAAGAGUCAUAGAAUUUCACUGGUGAUGAUAUAGACUACUAAACUUGUGGUAUUAUGAUAUCCCUAUUACAGACAUGAUAGUGAUAUCGACAUCAUCUCAUCUAACUCUCAACAAGAAAGGGAAUACAAGUAUCUUCUCCCUCUCACAGUAUGACCUGCCUCGUAAGCGUCUAGAAUUAAGCAUAGGUUGCAGAACAUUGUCAGCCUAUUAAGGUAUAAAUUGGUGAGUAUACAGUAUAUGUAAUUAUAAAAUAAAUGAAAUCGACCCUUGAGAUGCAUGUAUACGUAUAUCUCAACAUGCGUACACAUACAUGUAUACCACAUGUCAGGAGCUGACAGACCAUACGUAUUCUACUGGACUAAAAGAAACCGAUCAAGGACAGAUUCAAUACAAACCCAGUUCUAAUCUACGUAUACGAGCCUUUCUGUCAUGACGGCAUGAUCAGUGGUUUCUUGUUUGUUGGUGUGUCUCGUUUGGCGCCUCUGAAGAUUAGGGUCCUCACGCUGAUGACAAACCCAAACCAAAGUUGUUUAAAAAAAUGUAAAGAUUAUAUCAGUCAGUAGUGUUUUUUUCUUUUUCGUGACGUACCUUAAGGUACAAAAAUUGGAUGGUCUCAUUCCUGCCUUGCCACUUGUCCUGUCUUUUUUUUCGGAUGUUAAAAAUAACAUUUUGCAUCCCUUAGACAUCAGCGAGACAUCUACAACGAGACAAGUCGAGUACCAGCCUAUUUUUAUUUCAUUUCUCUAAACCCUAAAUAAAAAAAUCCCAGUGAUUAUCGGUGGUAUUUUUUAAAGAUGAAAAAAAUUGGACAAAGCAGUGUUUGUUUCUGAGACGAGAACAUGUAAACUGCAUUGUCUGUUAUUAAAAUAAAAAAAACAAAAGAGCGAGUCAGCUCUGAUAAUUUUUAUGUGAUGUUCUGUGACAAGUGUAAAGAUCAGUAAAAGAAAUGU